UCCCGUUUGCAGCUGUCAUAGGCUAGUGAUGAAUCACUAGCCCGUCAUUUGACUGCCUUCCCCUCCUGACAAGGGGAGGAGGAGGACAGACCUGCAGGAAGAAACAACAGUUGAGCCCUCCACUUAAAGACACUAUGCCUUUCCCGGCUGUCCUAGCCUCGUUUUUCUCUUUUGGUUAAAAGUGAGCACUGUGGGGUUCAGCCAUGUGCUCUAUAUAAUUAAGAGCUGACCCUGAAGCACAGUUAACAACCACUUCUGAUUUUCUACCCCUGGCUACAGGUGCAAACAUCUCACACCAGUUCCAGUUCCGAUGUUGCUCUUUCCUCAAGUUGCAGGUCUAUGGAAAUGCAGGAUCUAACCAGCCCGCAUAACCGACUGAGUGGUAGUAGCGAAUCCCCCAGUGGUCCCAAACUCGAUAGUUCUCAUAUAAAUAACACUUCCAUGACUCCCAAUGGCACGGAAGUUAAAACAGAGCCAAUGAGCAGCAGUGAAAUAGCUUCAACAGCAGCAGACGGGUCUUUAGACAGUUUCUCAGGUUCAGCUCUCGGGAGCAGCAGCUUUAGUCCAAGACCAGCUCACCCAUUCUCUCCACCACAGAUUUAUCCUUCCAAACCAUACCCACAUAUUCUCCCUACCCCUUCCUCACAAACUAUGGCUGCAUAUGGGCAAACACAGUUUACCACAGGAAUGCAACAAGCCACAGCCUACGCCACGUACCCACAGCCGGGACAGCCCUAUGGAAUUUCCUCCUAUGGUGCAUUGUGGGCAGGCAUCAAGAUGGAAGGUGGCUUGUCACAGUCUCAGUCACCUGGACAGACGGGAUUUCUCAGCUAUGGCACAAGCUUUGGUACCCCUCAACCUGGACAGGCACCGUACAGCUACCAGAUGCAAGGUAGCAGUUUUACUACAUCAUCAGGAUUAUAUGCAGGAAAUAAUUCGCUCACCAAUUCCUCUGGAUUUAACAGUUCACAGCAGGACUAUCCAUCUUAUCCCGGCUUUGGCCAGGGUCAGUAUGCCCAGUAUUAUAACAGCUCCCCGUAUCCAGCACACUACAUGACAAGCAGUAACGCUAGCCCAACGACACCAUCGACCAAUGCCACUUACCAGCUCCAAGAACCACCUUCUGGCUUCACGAGUCAGGCAGUCACAGACCCCACAGCAGAGUACAGUACGAUCCACAGCCCUUCAACACCCAUUAAAGAUUCGGAUUCAGAUCGUCUGCGUCGAGGUUCUGAUGGGAAGUCGCGUGGCCGAGGCAGGAGAAAUAAUAAUCCCUCACCUCCCCCAGAUUCUGAUCUUGAGAGAGUGUUCAUCUGGGACUUGGAUGAGACGAUCAUUGUUUUCCAUUCCUUGCUCACGGGGUCCUACGCCAACAGAUACGGGAGGGAUCCACCCACUUCAGUUUCCCUUGGACUGCGAAUGGAAGAGAUGAUCUUCAACUUGGCAGACACACAUCUAUUUUUCAACGACCUAGAAGAAUGUGACCAAGUUCAUAUAGAUGAUGUUUCAUCAGACGAUAAUGGCCAGGACCUGAGCACAUAUAACUUCGGGACAGAUGGCUUCCCUGCAGCAGCCACCAGUGCUAAUUUAUGCCUGGCAACUGGUGUCCGAGGUGGUGUGGACUGGAUGAGAAAGCUGACCCUCAAUUACAGACGAGUAAAAGAAAUCUACAACACCUACAAAAACAACGUGGGAGGUCUGCUUGGCCCUGCUAAGAGGGAAGCCUGGCUCCAGCUGAGGGCUGAGAUUGAAGCACUCACAGACUCGUGGCUGACCCUGGCCCUGAAGGCCCUCUCACUCAUCCACUCCCGGACGAAUUGUGUGAAUAUUUUAGUAACGACUACCCAGCUCAUCCCGGCAUUGGCAAAAGUCCUGCUCUAUGGAUUAGGAAUUGUGUUUCCAAUAGAAAAUAUUUACAGUGCGACUAAAAUAGGAAAGGAGAGCUGCUUUGAGAGGAUCAUCCAAAGGUUCGGAAGGAAAGUGGUGUAUGUUGUCAUAGGAGAUGGUGUGGAAGAAGAGCAAGGGGCAAAAAAGCAUGCUAUGCCCUUCUGGAGGGUCUCCAGUCACUCGGACCUCAUGGCCCUGCAUCAUGCCUUGGAAUUAGAGUACCUGUAACAGCCUCCUGCCUAUUUGACACUGCGCAACUGCCCUGUGGCCAGAGACAAUCCAGCAGGCCUCAGUCUUGUGUCAGUUCUGGUCUGCAGAACGUACCAGCUUCAACAUAUGGAUGCUGUGGUCUUGACUGCUACCCUCAAGGUUAAUGGAGGAGGACCAUGUGUAUUUCUUCAGAACAGCUGUUGACUCUAGUACUGUGAAUCCAAUGAAAAGAAGCCAUGAGAAUGUUCUAGCACAGUGUGAUGUGUCUUGGCUACAUUAACUACAUGGUUCAAACCUGUGAAGAAAAGACCUACAGACACUUUGGUUUUCAGCAAAUGUGACAUGAACAGCUUCUCCAACCCAGCAAACUUGAUUCCACAGCAAAGACUGAAGUGUGUCUCCUAGACAACAGUGGAGGUAUUUUUUCAAAGGUUUACUUUUUGGUGUCUCCUACCCAGGGCAAUCUGUACAUCGCUACUUAUUUAUGAAAAGACUUUCGAAAAACAGAUUUGCUGAGGUAUAAUUCACUUACCAUAUAAUUCAGCAAUACAGACUUCUCAGUAUCAAAUAGUUGAAGGGACAAUAGCAUAAGAAAUAAUCAAUUAAAGGAAGGCCUUUGCCUGACAGUGCAGCAAGUACUUUGAAUUUUAGCACAUUGCAAAGUAGUUUAAAGUAUGUCUAAUUUAAACAUGUAAAAUGUACAUCACUGAGACAAUCGUGUACAGAAAGAAUUUUUGGUGUAAAUUUGUAAUAAUGGAUGAUUCUUUUACAUUCUGUGUAGGGAGAUGCUAUUAUGAGGUAGAAAUGCCUUCAUAGGAAGCUUGGGCACUAACUCUCACAGUGCCUUAGCUAAGUAUUGGGUAUAAAUAUUGUAGAUAAUGGAUCUUUUUGAUAAUGUUAUCUAAGACCAAAAGCAUGAAUGUCAAGUGUCAACAAGGAUUUUAUUUUCCCAAUCUUUUAUCCCAUCAAUUUUUCUAAUUUUUUUUGUGUGUGUUGGUUUUAGAAGGGCCUUGAUAAAAAUUACACAGCAGUUUGAUAACUGAAAAAAGCUUAAAAGUCUUCCUGCCCACCUCACUCUCUCAUUUCAAUAUUAAUGUAUUAUAUGUAACUACUUGGAAAAGAGUGAUUAUUCAAAUGCUUCAUCCCACAGAAAGAAUAUAGAUGAUAGAAUAUAUUUUAUUAAUAAAAUUAAUUGGAGCCUA